AUGGCGGUGAUUCCUGGCUGGCGGAGGAAAGGUGCCAUCUUCGCAGGGAGUCAGAGGCGUGGCAGUGGUUCCUUGGCUUCUCUGGACGGCGAGGCGCAGAUGGAUACGCAGAGCAGAUGCGCAGCGGUUCCAUUAAUUGGGGCAAUGGAGAGGGAGGGUCCUGGGGUGGCUGAGCAAGUGCAGAGCUAUACCUUUGGGCACGGCGGGCUCAUCCUAUCUGGGAGUCAGGUGCGGAUUUCAUUAAUCUCGUCCGCAGACCAGAUGUGCCCUCAGUUGUCUCCAGAUGAGAAGCUUGCUUCUGAAGAAAGCCUCAAGUUGUACUGCAGACCAAUUGAGUGGUACAAUAUUAUUCAACAUCGAGCUGCUAAAAAUCCCACUUUCCUGCAAAGAUGCCUUGAUUACAUGAUAGAAGCAAGACGAAAAAAGAGGAUUCAAUUAACUGUAUCACUCUCUCGAGGUACAAAUACUGCAUGUCGAGAACAGAAUAUCUUCCCUCUUUAUGUUCUGUUAGCUACACCUACUAGUAACAUUUCACUUGAAGAGCACCCUCCCAUAUAUCGAUUCAGUCGGGCCUAUUUUCUUACAUCUUUUGGUGGAUUUGGUAGUAAAGAUCACACCAAAGCUACAUUUGUAAUUCCAGACAUCGAGAAUUUAGCAUCCUCCAGAGCUUCCAACCUUAACAUUAUCAUUAUCAGCCGUGGACAAGUUGGAGAAGAUAUUGGUGAAAACAACUGCACCGGGGGCCAUUUGGAACGAUCUGCUCUCCAAAAACUUGAAGGGAAAUGUUUCUGGGGUAAUAUAUCAAUUAAUUUACUUCGUUUGUCAUUGGAGAAUCAUGCGUCAACUUUAAAUUUGGGACAUACCAUGAAGUUAACUUCUACGGUUGAAAUGAGACCAAGUUUCUUAGAGAAAAAAUUUCUUGAGCAAGACAAUUGCUUGACAUUUUGCUCUCACAAGGUUGAUGCUACGGGUUCAUAUAAACUCCAAGUUGGCAUAUCUGCUCAAGAGGCUGGUGCAAGAGACAUCCGUGAAAAUCCAUAUAGUAGUUACUCAUACAGUGAUGUCCCAACUCCGUCAUUACCUCGUAUAGUAAGAUUAAGAGCUGGAAAUGUGCAUUUCAACUGCAAGUAUUACAAAAAUACUAUGCAAAAGACUGAAGUCACUGAAGAUUUUGCUUGCCCCUUUUGCUUCGUAAAGUGUGGAAGCUACAAGGGCCUGGGGUGUCACCUGAACUCAUCACAUGACCUAUUCCACUUUGAGUUUUGGAUAUCUGAAGAACGCCAGGCUGUUGAUGUUAGUCUGAAGGCUGAUGCAUGGAGAAUAGAGCUUGGGCCUGAGGGAGUUGAUCCAAUACAUCAAACAUUUUCCUACUGCUCAAGGUUUAAGACUAGAAGGUCGGUAACCACAUCUGCGAAAAUAAGCCUUGACGAUGGAAUCAGCCCCAUCUCCACACGCCGGCUGCUGGCCCUUCCGGCCUUCCCUCUGCCCACCGUUUCCGCCCUGCUGCCAGGAGGCCGCCACCACCCGAUCCAGGAGGUCGCCGCCCCAUGCCAGCUUGCUCCGUCGUCCGCCGCCUUGCUCCGCCUGUCCUGCGACUGCCGGCUUGUUCCGUCUCAUUGCUGGCGCCCGCUCGUGCAGAUAUUUCUGUGGAACGUGCUUCUGUUGAUCCUUCUCAAGCAUCACCGACAGUAUGAGGGAAUACAAGGAAGUUAUCUGUAG